AUGGCGGCGAAUCACCAGCCGGAUGGCCGUCUCGACGAGCUCACCUGGAUCCCCUAUUCGCCUCCCCUACGCGGCUCAACCUUCUUCGUUGGCGGCAGCGGCACCGUCAAGCUGGGAGGACCUUCAAGAAUGCCUGCAGGGCAGAACCCUCGACAGCGCCCUCCUCUGCCCCAGCCGCCAAUCGCAUCCCGCCAAAUUUCGCGAUUCUCGCCUCCAGCUCCACCAUCCUCUGCCAAUAACGAGCCGCGAGGACCCACCCAGAUGCCUGUCGCACAGACAUCGUCGAUCCUCGUCCAUUCGGGCUUCUGGGAUCUCCUCGCUGCGACAGGGUCUCGCUUUUACAGCCCGUCAAACCUGCGAAUGACCGUCGCGAACGAUAUCGCUACGCCGGCUCGAUCAUCGCAGCCGCAAGUAGGAGGAGGAAAGGAGGAAAGGAGGAAGAAAGAGAAGAAGCGCUUGACGGUCGACAUGGUCGGCCCGCCACAAAGCUUCGCACACCUCGUACAUGCGUCAGACGCUGAUCAGGCCCAAGCGCUGUUGACGAGGUGGGGACGAGAUGGACAGGGCAAGCUCGGCAGUCCUGCAUGGGCUGCGCCUAUCAAAGAGUCGGUUCGUGCCGUAAAUCGCGCAGUCGCCGUCGGCGAAACGCACUAUCACCGCGAGGCGGCUGCAGCGCUUCACGUCGUCAACGGCACUGCCGACUUUCAGCUCAGCCAUGCGACUGUCGCGACUGCUGGACAUGGCGCCGAAGGCAGCUUGGAGACGGGCGUGGCGGUCGAGGACGACCCGCUUCGCGCAACUCGACUCGAGCAAGGUUCCUCGCCAACAAUCCCACUCUCGCGUAACCCCUCGAGCGACUCUAUCGUCCUCCACACUCCAGUCAACCCGACGAAACGCUUCUCCUUGCAAGCGGUCAAAUCGAUCGGUACCGUACGGUUCUCGCCGACCGCUUCCGCCAAGCCAGGCGCGCCAUUUUCCUUUGACGGCCUCUCUCUUCCUUCUUCAAUGCCGCCUUUCGAUCUCGAAACUGCGACCUUCGUGCCCUCGCUUGUCUCUGUCGAAAAGGCGGUCGCGAUUCGCGUCUUCUUCGAAGACAAGUACCACGCCCUCCUCAAGAAGCCGCGAUCUCGCGAGGUCCGACGGGCGCUGCUCGAACGGGAGCUCGCCAAGCUCCGCCUUUCGGCUGAGGAGAAGGCAGCAGCGCGACAGGCGUGGGCGUUGAGCGAGUCGGAUUACUUGCGCGACAUGAGGAGUCGAGUUGGUGUCGGCAGCUUCGUCAAGCUCAAGACGAUCGGUCAUGGUGCUUUCGGCGUCGUCUCGCUUGUCAGGGAGAAGGGAACGGGCGAGGACGUCCCGCUCCUCGCUACCGAAAUUUGGGCCAACCUUCCUAACCUCCCUUUUCUUCCGUCUUUCCUCCACAGAGUCUACGCAAUGAAGCAGCUUCGCAAGGCAGACAUGUUGCGCAAAGGACAAGAAGGUCACAUCCGUGCCGAGCGCGACUUGCUUGCGACGGCAGCCACGACGACUCGAUGGACCGUCAAGCUUGCUUAUUCGUUCCAAGACGUCGACCACCUCUACCUUGUGAUGGGUUACUAUGCCGGCGGAGACCUUCUCUCCCUCCUCAUCGAGCGCGACACCUUCCCCGAAGAGAUGGCGCGCUUUUACAUGGCUGAGAUGGUGCUGGCCGUCCAAGAGACGCACCAGGUCCUUGGCGCGAUUCAUCGCGACAUCAAGCCCGACAACUGGCUCAUCGACGCCCAAGGUCACCUCGCCAUUUCCGACUUCGGCCUCGCAACCGAUUUUCACUGGGCUCACGACGGCGCGUACUUCGAGCAGCAGCGGCGUGAGCUGUUGUACAAGCAUGGCAUCGACCUCGAAGACGGCGGUGGUCGCGACGAUAUGGCAAGACGCCGGAUCAGCCUCGACCCUCCGAGGACGACGAACGAGGAAGAGAGUCCAGGUUCCGUCUUCACCUGGCGAGAUAUGCAGCGUCGACGGCUCGCGUUCUCUGUCGUCGGUACCAACAACUACAUGGCGAUCGAGGUCGUUCGGGGUCAAGGCUACGAUUCUCGCGCAGAUUGGUGGUCGCUCGGUGUCAUCUUGUACGAGAUGCUCUACGGCUUUCCGCCGUUCGUCAGCAAGUCUCGGCAGGAGACGCGUGCGAAGAUCCACAACUGGCGGCAGGCGCUUCGAUUCCCUUCCAAGCCGCAAGUUUCGCGUGAGGCGCAGGACCUCAUCCGCCGGUUGAUCUGCGAGCCAGAAGACCGCCUCGGUUCGCGCUCGACGUCGGCUCGCCCCAACUCGGUCCUGCAGAACCAGCGUUCCGGCUUCUUAGGCGAUUCGCCUCUCGGCAAAGACGGCGCCGAGGACAUCAAGGCUCACCCCUGGUUCCGCGGCCUCGACUUCUCCACCCUUCACCUCCAGACUCCGCCCUUCCGCCCGCAGCUCAGCUCGCCGACGGACACGAAGUACUUCGACGACGACAUCCCGCCCGAGCCUCUCCCUGCGCCUGAGGUCGCUCCUGGCGUGCCCGCACCCGACUCGACUCGCGACCCGCUCCUCAAGCAUCCUGUCGAAGGGUCGCGACUGCUUGAAGUGCGCAAGGAGCUCGCCUUUGCUGGCUGGACGUACAAGAAGCCGAAGAAGCAGCUUUUCGAUCCAAGAAAGGGACUCAGCAGCGACCUCUUCGGGACGGCGAACGGCGAGGGAACGUAUCGCGGGCGCUCCACCUUGCGAGCGGAGGGAGCGGGUUCAUCUUUCAUUCGUUCUCUAUCUGUAUAG